AAUGGAUCAAACCAAGAAGAAAAUAAAACCAAAUUAAAUUGCUCUCCUUCCCCCUGAUACAAGAGUAUUCGUGACUCUGAUCAAUCCUUAUGGUGAAGAAGCCUAAAAGUCUUUAGAACUAUCAGUGAAUACAACAAAGGAAGAAUUGCAAUCAAUUUUAUAAUAAUUGGUGAAAACAGAGGAAGAUUAAGUUUAUUCAUUCUUCCACAACAACAUUGAAUUGGUCGACACCUUAAAUCAACUGAUUGUUUCAGAUCCUGAAUACAAAUUGGAAAAUACCUUUUCUCUAACCUAUCAUCCCUAAUCUCUCUUUAGAAUUCAGCCUAUCACAAGAUAAACAGCUGCUUUAGAAGGUCAUGAAUAGCCUGUGUUAUGCGUUCAAUUCAGAACCCAAGGAGAUGUCUUAGCAACAGGAAGUGGAGACACCACAAUAAGAUUAUGGGAUAUGUUGACAGAAACACCAAUAGCCACACUCAAAGGCCAUAAAAAUUGGGUAUUAUGCUUAGCAUGGAGUCCUGAUUGCAAAUACAUAGCCUCUGGUGGUCAUGAUGGUUAAGUUUGCAUUUGGGAUGUUGAAACCAAUUAAUUAAAAGGGUAGCCAUUAAUAGGACAUACUAAAUGGGUAACUAGUAUAGCCUGGUAGCCUAUGCAUUUAGAUGAAGAAUGUACAUUGGUUGCUUCAUCUUCAAAGGAUGGCAGCGUUAGAAUUUGGAGUAGAGUCUCAUUGUCUUGUUUAAUAUCCAUCAAUGCUCAUCAAAAAGCGAUUACUAAGUACAUUUCUUAUUAAAUCUAGAAUGCUUUGGGGUGGUUAGGGAUAUAUCUAUACUGCAUCUGAAGAUACUACGAUUGGAGUGUGGAAUAAAUCAGGAAAAAGAGUAUAAGAAUUAAAAGGUCAUGGUCAUUGGGUCAAUUCGAUUGCCUUGCAUACAGAUUACACUAUUAGAUGUGCUUGUUUCAGCGAAGGGAAUACUGAAAUUAACAGAAAACAAGCUAAGGUCCUUUAUGAGAAGAUGCUGAAUGGAAAAAAUGAGAGACUUGUGAGUGGUAGUGAUGAUUAAACUUUGAUGUUGUGGGAGUAUACAUCUUCGAAACCAAAAGUUAGAAUGACUGGUCAUCAAUAACAAGUGAAUCAUGUAUAAUUCUCGCCAGAUGGAAGAUAUAUUGUUUCAGCUAGUUUUGAUAAGAGUUUGAGAAUUUGGGAUGGUUACAAUGGAAAUUGGAUUGCUACUUUGAGAGGCCAUGUUGGUUCAGUUUAUUAAGUUUCAUGGUCUAGUGAUUCCAGAUACAUGUUGUCUGCUUCCAAGGACUCUACUUUGAAAUUAUGGUCUUUAUAAAAAAAGAAAUUAGCCUUUGAUUUACCAGGACAUGCUGAUGAAGUCUAUGCUGUUGAUUGGGCUCCAAUCGGAGGAGAAAAGGCGGGAAGUGGAGGCAAGGAUAGAAGGGUUAAGAUUUGGAGACAUUGA